AUGGCUACAGAGGAAGGUUCCAAGAAGUCACGUGAUAUUGCAACAUGGCCUAGUGAAGUCUCUUACUUCAUGAUGGAAUGUCUCAUAGAACAGCAUAAAAGUGGAAAAACUGGAGACAAUGGUUUGAGGAGGGAACAGUGGCAGGAGAUAGCAAAUGCCAUAAAAAUUAAGCAUGGCAUGGUAUAUGACUGGGAACAAACUCGGAAUCAUUAUAGAGUUUGGAAAGCAAGGGUGAAAUCUUUGUGUGACUUACAAAAGAAUAGUGGGAUGGGCUGGAAUCCAGUGGAGCUGAGGUUCGAAGCACCACAACACGUGUGGAAUGAGUUCAAAAAAAAGGAACAGAAGUAUUGGCAGUCACGUAAAGUGCUUCCCAUCCAUAUGGCCCUUGCGAUUUGGUUAGGAAAUGAGAUAGCAACAGGAGAAGAUGCUAUGCACCCAGCUGACUAUGUUCACAAUGACCAUAUGGUUCAAUCUCCAAGUAUGGAUGACAAUGUGGUUGCCACUUCCUUUCCAUAUGAAGAUGUUCAUUCCACUCCCAUUGCCAGUGGCAGUCGUGAUCGUGGGAGUGGCAGUCGUACCCGUGGGCGGUUGCAUGCAGAUGUCACAACUGGUAAAGAGAAGAAAAAGAAAGGGGGUGCUGAAAAAAUUGCAAGUCCUUUGAAAAGAAUAGCUGCUACCAUAGAUAACCUAGUCAACAAAAACAUCACACGGACCGAACUUGCACAAAGUGUAGCUGAUGCAGUUGAUAAGGUUGAUGGCAUUGAUGGCUUACUGAAAGUCCAAGCAAAAAUAGCUUUAAUGAAAGACAAGGACGUGGCUAGUCUUUUCUUGACUGCAAGUGACGAAGACAAGCCGAAAUUCAUACAACAUAUUUGUCAAGUGAACCAGAACAGUUGA